UAUAAAUUUAGUAGACAAGGUGAGCUCAACCGACUUACACCGGCCAGAAUGAGAUUUAAAAUCAGUUAUUUGUUGCUGGUGAAACUCGUGUCGUUUUCUAACGCGGCUACGGAUUACUGUGAUUCGAGACUGUGUCCCAAUGGAACACAUAUUGCUUGUGGUAAUAACGGAAAAUUCGGACCGGAAUGUCCAAUUAACGUUAAGGUGGAGGACCUGUCGAAAAUGCAGUCCGUGAUCCUGCAUAUGCACAAUAUACGGAGGAACCGUGUUGCAGGUGGAAAUUUACGUGGGUAUCAACCGGCACGACGAAUGGGUGUAUUGCAAUGGGACAAUGAAUUGGCAAAACUUGCUUUAUUGAAUGCGAAAAGAUGCUUCAUGGAUCACGAUAUUUGCCGUAAUACGCGGCAUUUUCUCAGAUCGGGACAGAACAUUGGAAUGACCUACACAUGGGGGAAAGAAAACCAGCUACGAUCCCAUCUUAUUGACACAAUGGAUAGAUGGUUUUUUGAAUAUAAGCUCGCCGAUAUGAGUAUCAUAAAGAGCUUCCGGGAUCCUAAGACUGUGGGGCAUUUUACCCUUAUGGUAGGCGAUCAUGUUACCCAGGUGGGGUGCGGAACAGUGGGUUUUACACGUUUAGGUCGACAUACAAAGAUAACAGCCUGUAACUAUUCAGCAACGAAUAUUUUUCAUAAGCCUGUGUACAGGUCGGGAGCUACAGCAUCUGCAUGUGUAACUGGACGACACCCAACUUAUAAGAACUUGUGCUCUACGAAGGAGAAUAUCAACCCCAAUAAAAUAUAAAUACAAUGCAAAGUGUUGAAUAAUUACAUA